AUGGCAGACGGAAUGAACCAGGCCCGCGCAGUGCGAGUGGCCGAGCUUAUAAACGAUUACCGAACUCUUUUGCUACAUAUCUCCCAACAGCAAGUCGAUGCCUCGCCCGAGGACCAGUACGAGGAGGGCUAUACGGUUCUCCGGGAAUGCCACACUUCGGCUCAAAGAUUGCUGUCCGCCAAUUACCAACCAUGCCCCAUGACCGGUCAAGGCAGUGCUGAAACCGAAAAGGCCGAGCUCCAAAGGGUUAUUAUUGACAGCAGUGCCCGCCGCUUCCAAGCACACAAAAUCUACCUCCGUGCCGCGGCCUCACGACGAUGGGCUAUGACCCGAACGGCCACUCUACGCGGCCAACGGCCCACUGGGGUGCAUGCAGCAGCGUUGAAAAGUGCGCACACAGUGCUGCAACAAGAACUGGCCCGCGUGACCGACCAACAUGUUGUCGCCGACCUUCGAGCUGCUGACCUGCGGGCAGGUCACUGGCUCGAUGAUGACCCCUCCUUGGACUCCAUACGGCGUUGGAUCCAGGGACGGUAA